CGCGAUCGUGUCUCGAAUACACGAAUGCAAGUGUUCGUUCGUAAAGGGUUCGCUAGCGUACGGCUUCCCUUGACGGAAUCGAAUCUCGGACAUCCUCAUUCAUCGCGAAUGGUGAAGAUGACCUGUGACCUGCCUUGAGGAACAUCUUCAAGAAAUAUGGCUUUGACCGUCGUACCCUCGGCCCGCGUUUUCAACGGAAACGUGGGGACGCAGGCCUACGUUUCCGGUUCGACAGGUUCGAAAUGCCUUUGCUGUCCUUACGGCUACCACAUCGAUCUGGACUUUGUGCGAUACUGCGAAGCAGUUGCAGCAGGAAGUGCCGGCGACAGGUCUAGUAUCGAGAGACGCAAGAAGAGGGAACGUCGAAGGCAAUGUCAGUCGAUGGAGGUUCUACUGGGUCUGGUAAGCCCGGCCCUCGUCGGAAUAGAGGCAGAACUGCCGAAAAUACCUCAAGAAGCGACGACGAACGGUCUGACGACUUUACCGAGGUCGAGCCAUGACAGACAAGGGUACACGCAAGAAUCACCGGUCCUCGACCUCAGCGACGUCGUGGGCGACUUCGAGGCGACCCUGAAACGAUCCACCAGGUCGACCAAGACCUUUGAUAAACCGGAACCUACGGAAAACGAUGGAACGAACACAGCAACACCGGCGCAAAACAACGCGCAAUCAGAACAUGUCGCGGAUUUCGAUAACGCGAGUGUUGGCAGCGGAAACUCGAAUCUCAGCACGGGCGCGCUACAGAACAUCAGAGAACAAAUGGCAGCGUCGUUGGAACGGAUGAAGGAGCUGGAGGAACAGGUCAAGGCGAUCCCCAUGUUACAGGUGCAAGUGUCGGUGCUGAAAGAGGAGAAGCGGAAUCUGCUGCGACAAGUGGACGAGUUGAAUUCGUGCAACGAAACGUUGCACAGGCACCGUAGCCAGUCGUUCUCGGAACAACGAGCAUCCCUGCGAAAUCUGAAGAACGCUGGUACGCCGACGAGGGACGCCAGCACGAUGUGUGGCGUAAUGACGCGGGACGUCGGUGUUUCGCACCAGCAGGUUCGAACACGAGAUAUCGGCAUGAUAACCAGCACGCCGAUCAAACAAUCCCUGCAGCGGAGUCGAUUGCAGAUCGAAGAAAUCGUACCUGAAAUAAAAGACCAGAGCACAUUGUUCGACGACAGGAGCUUGGACAAGCUGUACAGUCGCGACAGUUGGAGGUCCACCUUAACCCGCAGCCAACUGAUGUACGAGGAAAUCGCGCCCGAACCGAAAACGAGAAAUCGUUUGUCAAGAAGCCCACUUCAGGUGGAGUCUAUCCCUCCGAUCAGUUCGAGAUUGGUCAGGGACGCGAAGAAAUACCGAGACAUCGGCGUGAACACGAGAAACAAGCUGAAGGACCUGGUGCACAGUCGGUUCGUGAUAGAGGACAUAUCGCCGGAGUUGAAGAAGGAGGUCAGGAAGAGAUCGUUCGGAACGGGGACCAGUUUGGCCAUGAAGGACAUCCUGACGGAGGAGGACGUGGCGGUGAUCGUGGACGAUGCUCUGAGGAUCUACAAGAGCAGCCUGCUCAAGGACACCGCUUCCAGGGGAAGCCAGUGUACCCUUGACCUGGUGAAGACGAUCGAGAAGAAAGAUCAAUUCACGCAGGUCGCAGAACCGUUCAGAAUGAGGACGAACGUGGGAGUGACGGUGAAACCCAGGGUGGCCGAAAUUGGAAUCGAGGUCAGAACUGGUCCAGGGACAAGAACCAUCGCGGUAGGCCCGGACCCGUUAGCCACCCAAUCUCUGUCGCUGCACUCGUUGAACUCGAGAAGCCACUCGUUCAACUACGGCGACAGCAACGCAAAGAGAAAAACCACCAGAUCCGUCGGAAUCAUGGUUGAUGAUCUGGUGAGGACCACCGUGAAGAGCACAGACACUUCCGGUCUGACGCCCAAGAAACGGGAGUUCGGCACCUCGCCGGUUAAAAAGAAAUUCACCGACGUCUCGGUUGGCGAGUCGGUGAAACCGCACAUCUCCAUCUCCUGCGCGGCCAACUAUUGCGAUAACUGUAAAGAGACCAUCAAGAAUCUAGCCAAGCAGAUCGUCAACAACGCGGAGAACAAUAUGAAUCAUCAGAACGCGCAGAAUCUUGUCUCGAGGAUACCCAGGCCCUCGCAUAUACCGUUGAACAACUCGAUUGAUCAGAGGAGACAGUUCAAACGACAGGAUACGUACACAAAGAUACCGGCCGCCGGGGUCAUACGAUAUGAUGUUGAUAACAAGGAACAGUAUGACAACAGCAAUCGUAUCCAACAACUGCAAGGGGAGAAAGGUAAAGAUGAGAAGUCAGAGCAUAUAUUCACAGAGGAGAAGCAGGCAGAUAACGAAGAGAAACAUGAGCUUCCAGAGUCUGCUCUAUUCCAACCGAUUCAAGAGAAACCCAGGAAGAAGGUUGAACCUUCAAAGGAGAUGCAAGCCGCCAUGAAAGUUCUCAAUGACAGUCUCAAGAAAUCUCCCAGUAAAAAUAUCUCCCAUCAAAUGAAGAAUGCUAUCAACAUCAUUCAGCAAGAGUGGUUUAAAAUCUCCAGCACUGUGAAUGCUAAUCCUUUAGAGGUUGAAGAUUAUCUAGAUUGUUUUGAAGAAUGCUCUAGCUGUUUAUUAGAGUACAUUGUUAAUAUGACUGAUUCAAGUGGAAAUACUGCAAUGCAUUAUGCGGUUUCACAUGGAAAUUUUGAUGUUGUGUCCAUACUACUGGAUUCAAAAGUUUGCGACAUUAACAAAGCAAAUGUAGCUGGGUACACGGCUGUGAUGUUGGCAGCUCUAGCUGAAGUUAGGAAUUCCACCCAUGCUUCAGUAGCCAACAGGUUGUUCCAACUUGCUGAUGUUAAUAUUCGAGCAAAAUUACAUGGUCAAACUGCUUUGAUGCUAGCAGUAUCCCACGGUCGUAAAGAUAUGACUCAACUACUCCUUGAUGCUGGAGCAGCCGUUAACAUUCAAGAUGAAGAUGGCAGUACAGCCUUAAUGUGUGCCGCAGAGCAUGGACAUACUGAUAUUGUGAGAUUGUUGCUUGCACAUCCAGACUGUGAUCCAUCUAUUACUGAUAUAGAUGGUAGUUCCGCAUUAAAAAUAGCGUUAGAAGCGGGCAAUCGAGACAUCGGUGUAUUACUUUACGCUCACGAGCGCGUAAACAGAGGUACAAGUCCUUACUCGUCGAUAAGACGAAGCAGUAGAAGAGGAUCUAAACCGACAACACCUACUGGACCUUCUCCUUCGGCUCCAGUGAGCCCUGCUCCAUCUCGAAGAGUUCAUUCAUCAACCACGUCCCUAAACACCUCAAAAUAUUCUUCUAAAUAAUUGACAAAUACCGGAUAAUUUUUAUUGAUAUUUAACGUUAGCAAAUAAUUUGGAUUAUCAUUAACGAUGUGCGGAUAAUAUGUCGGAUCAGGUUGGAGAAAGUCUGAUGAGGUCGAGUAAAAUCCGAACAUAUAAACCGUAUGUUUAGGGUACCCGUCCGAACCUCUCCGAUUUUACCCAAUCGGAUUCGAGUCUGAAAUUACCUAUCCGUACAUCCCUAAUUAUGCGAAUAAGCAAUACAAUCAACAUCCCGUGUUUCCUAUAUUUAUUGCUAAUGUGUUUUAGUAUUUAUCAUCGUUUACGAUAUUUUAAGAAAGUUCUAAAGACAAACGAUCAUGUUCUUGCCUAAAUAAUCCAUUAGCCCCGAUACAUGCGUUUAAUUUAAGACAUCUAUUUACCUGCUCAACUUUGUAUACAAUUAUUCGAGAGAAGUUUGGAAAUAUUGUUUUGUAAAGUUAGUUUAUAGAAAAGGAUUCGUGCGAAACAGACUGUUUCAUGAUGUUAGUUUGUAUAGGAGAGAUUUGUAUAAAGGGUGGAACUUUUUUCUAGGUGCUAAACAGUGAAAAUGAAGUCACUUUUCAUCGUUGACAAAUUUUAUACAUUGUCACAUCGGCAAACCUGACGGGCACAUUCGAAAUUUGAUUCCUAAAUUUUAGCCACUGUGAAAGUACAAAAAGAAUGUCUUAUACACGAAAACCAGUCACGGUGAAAGAAUCAAGUAAUGUCUUCCAACGAUCCUGUGGCAUUAAACAUUCCAAAAUGAAACGUUGACGUACAAUCCGAAUUUCUUACCGCUGACAUUUUUUCUUACAAUUACACUAAUGUAUUUCAGGCCUAAUUUCCGUUAAAUCUGGGGGAUCAAACUGCAUUAAAAGUAAUUGUGUACUGAAUAGAAACGGAAAGACAUAAGACAUCAUGCGUAUGUAAUAAUUUAUACGGUGCACAAAGCGCGGGAUUUAUAAUUCUCGCGAUCAAUGUUGAAUUUAUAUACGAGAAAUAUUUGUAGAACCUUAUCGAUCGUCGUUCGAUGUUAAAAGUAGAAAUGUUAUAGAUGUGAAAGUAUAAAUAUAAUAUCCGUGAACGAUGUGAAAUAUCGAAGGGCACACAAGAGAAAAAUUAACCAAGUUAGAUAGUUGUUGAAAUUUUUUCAAGGUACAAUAUAUAUUGUAUGUACGUAUAUGGAAAAAAAUACGAAGAUGUAAUUUAAUUUCAUUCCUCGUUUACGUGUGUCAUCCUCGCGUUAGGAAUUGGAUAUUUAAGAACGUUGAACGUUUUCUUAUAAUAGGGUUGUGAAUAUCUAGAAAUAACGGACGUAUUUAAGUUCAACAUCAAAGAUUUAGGUUAACGUUGUAAUAAGUAUUCCUAUCGUUAAGAAAUCUGUAUUUAACAUUAAGUGACAAUUAUAUAUCAAAGAUAUAGCACAGAAUCAAGUAAUAGAGCCGUAGGGAUCUAGAAAGUAGAAGACUACUUUUCAUUGUUUGUGCCUUUAUAUUUAACAUACUGUAAUUAAUAAUAAAUUCAACAAGAAACAACUAU